UAUUGCAAGUGUUGCAGUUGUUAUUUAAUUGCUCUAAUUUUGUGAAAAUAUGUUAAAAUUAACUAAUUAUAUUAAGCCGGUUGGUGUAGUAUUUUGUAAUAAUUCUAGUUUAAUUAACAAACCAAAGUCCUGGACAAUUUUCAUAAACUGGACAAAAGCAUUACAUACAGAUUUCACAAAAAGGUCCCAGGAUGUGGCGCAAAAACAAAAUCAAGAUAUUACUUUAAUGGACUUUAAAGGCGAAUGGCCUUUAGAAGAGCUGACAAAAUUCAAGUGCGACAUGAAAAUAUUUCCUGAUUUCAUUACAGAAUUGGAGGAGACACAACUAUUUGAAGAAGUUGAGCCAUAUAUGAAACGUUUGCGUUAUGAGUAUGAUCACUGGGAUGAUGCCAUACAUGGUUUCAGAGAAACCGAGCGCAAACAUUGGUAUCCCCACAAUCGAGCCGUCUUAGACCGUGUUAGUCAAGUGGGGUUUGACAGCGAAAUUAUGCCUUAUAUACACAUACUAGAUUUGGCUCCUCAGGGUGUUAUUAAACCUCAUGUGGACAGCACAAGGUAUUGUGGUCAUACUAUAGCUGGUUUAAGUUUGCUAUCUGAUGCUGUUAUGCGUUUGGUGCGCACUCAGGUUUCUACGGAAACUACUACAAACAAUAAUCAAGAGGAUGCUUAUCGUAGUCAACCGAAAGCUAUUUUAGAAAACAAUUUUUAUGUGGAUAUAUUAUUACCACGCAGAUCUCUGUACAUCAUGAGCCACACGUCUAGAUAUAAUUUUACCCAUGAAAUUCUAGCCAAUGAGGCGUCAAAAUUCCAGGGCCAACCCUUAACUAAAGAACGCAGGAUAUCAAUUAUUUGCCGCAAUGACCCCUAAUCCGUAAAAUAUUUAGCCAACAAAGGUAUUUUGGUCUCUAGUUAUGUUUGUUAUGUCCUUGGUGGCGAAAACAUUUGUUUUAUUAAGAAAAUAAAGAAAUUUUUGAAUAAUCUUAUUAUUGUUUAAUAAACAAAGCUCAUUUUGAUGGUAAACUCCAUUUUAAUGAGCCACAAAGUUCAUAUUUUCCCAGUGAA